AAAGGUUGGAAAUCACUGCUCUAGUCAGAUCGUGUAUUCUAAUCAGUCAGGUCAAACCAACAUUACAUGACAGAAAUAAUGGGUGCUAACUUACUGUAAUUAAAUGAAAUGAAAUACUCCACUCUUGUUGUCGUCGCCACGGGAACGAGUGUAUCCGGUCGCAUUUGAGUUGACAAGAUAUAGCCCAAUGAUCGUAAAAAAACGGGAUGCGGUUGUAUCGGAAUACACGAUUUUAUUGCAGUAGUCUGACAAUGCAAUCGUGAAAGAGCAAAUUUGUCUUGCAGUCUUGUUGUCUAUUCCACACCGCUGACAUGUUUAGAUUUUGUUUAUUGGCCGUCAGUUAUUUCCAAUACUACGUCAAAAGACGCGCAACAAGGCUAAAAAUAAACUAGCUUUUGGAUUCAAAUAUACUGUGCACGAUGGCGACGUGGACAGUUCACACCUACGGGAAAUCUAAAUGCAAUCAUCAUGUCACUUGCCAGAGAGAAAGCUUUCGAUAAAGUUAACUGGGCUUUCCUGUUUGCAGUUCUUUGCAAAUUUGGCUAUGGAGACUCAUUUAUACAUUGGAUAGCAACAUUAUGCGACUCGUCGAAAGUGACAGUCACCACAAAUCGGAUUACAUCUCAAAGUGUUACUUUACAAAGAGGAACCAGACAAGGAUGUCCACUCUCACCAAGGCUAUUUGCAAUAUUCAUCAAACAUCUUGCUACCGCUAUAAGUCAGAAUGCUAAUAUUAAAAGGUAUCUGCUCGCUAGUGACAGAACACAAAAUCCAUCUGUAUGCUGAUGAUAUUUUUUUUAAUUUACAGGAACCCAAGUCUUUUCACAAAUAUCAGAUCACGCUAUCAACUGGACAAAAUCAACAACACUCCCAAUAACAGCAAACUCAUGGAAUCCUGCGGAUCAAAUUCCAGAUUACCCCAUUCCUAUCGGAAAUAUUACGUAUUUUGGGAUUAAUAUUUCGCCAAAACUCACAGAGCUAACCAAUCUAAAGUCCACAUCACUUCUGGAAAAUAAUCGCAGCUAAUUUAAGAUGCUGGAAUAACUUGCCUAUAUCACUACUGGGCAGAAUAGCCACAAUAAAAAUGAAAAACUUACCUCAAAUAAAUUAUUUAUUUUCAAUGAUUCCGUUUAAGGUCACACUGGUUUACAAACAUUAGAUUCUGUUGUAAUAAAUUUUUAGUAAAAAAGAAAAGAAAAAUAGAAUGAGUUCUUUCUUUUUUCACUCCCCUCUAGAAACGUUCUGUUCGACUGAUCGACUCGGAUUCUCAAUAAACAUCCAUUAUAAUACCAAGAAACCACAGCGGCAGCUUCAAAACUCCUCAAUGGUCAUGAUUCAUGCCCUGCAGUUCCUCUUUUGGAGCUUGGGUGGCGGCUUGCGCCUUGUCUCUCCCCUGUGCCCCUCUGCCUCCCCAGCAAUCAGCAGCACCUCUGCAGUGCACCUGUCUUCAGGCACCACCGAUUACUGCCUGCAUUUAAGCCUGCCGAGUCCAGGAAGCGUUCGUUCGAGGAUCAGCCCUUCUCUGUAACUCACUGGCCGACGCUCGUGCUCCCAGGUUUGGUGGUAUACGAGUAACUAUCAGACGACCUGCAUCUGUACUCACCCGAUCUUGUUCUUUUCCGUUUCCAGUGUUCCUCCCGUGCCUUCCCCUCCUCGCUGUCUGCCCAGCCACACCGCCAAGCUUCAUCACCUGCUCACGUUCCUGCUUCCUGCUCACUCCUUGUCUUGAUGGUCCCCCACCUCGCCGAGCCAACCUGCGAUAAACCAUUCUAAAAUCUAAUCCCUCCGCCUCAGUCUGCUCUUGGGUCCAAUCCACAGGGCACCAUUUAGGCCAGCACGCAGCACCGCCACCGAGUGUCGCAGCUACACGGACAAUACGACGCGUUAAGAGGCUCAAGAAUGCAUGCUCUAAACGGCCCUACGCAUGUUGUUCACAAGCAUGUGGUUCCAAAUCCAAAAGUGGUCAUGCAGUGCUCAUGUUGUUGGUGUGACGAGGAUCACUUCUCGUCGUCACACCACCGCCAACUUAUCCUGGAUAAGUCACAACAACACCCCUCCUGACCCCCGUCUCAAUAUGAUUAUUGUUUAGCUGCUCACGUGUCGGAGGUUUUGGUUAUCCAGCUGGCAAAUUGAGGAUUACCGCGCGGUCACUGGUGCGGUGCGCGGAGGCUAUAAAAGCUCCUGACGCACGAUCCCAACCGGGACCAUCGGAGGACGAGGAAACACAAGGAGAACGAGCAGACAGUUAGUGUUGAAUUGUGUGACUUUGAAAGCAUGUCGCUGGUGAGUUCCAUGUCGUUCCAGAAGCCUCUUUCCAUGCGCUCUCCGAUGGCGCAGGGACGUCGCCACACGCUGCCGGCCAGCGAGUUCCGCUCCCUCAGCCCGGAGGACGCCAUCAGCGUCUUUGAGAUUGAGAGAGAAGCGUUCAUCUCCGUGUCCGGCGAGUGUCCUCUCCUGCUGGACGAGGUGCGUCACUUCCUCACGCUGUGUCCCGAGCUGUCACUGGGCUGGUUCGAGGAGGGACGUCUGGUGGCUUUCAUCAUUGGCUCACUGUGGGACCGGGAGAGACUUGCUAUGGAUGCCCUGACCCUCCACAAGCCUCACGGCAUGACGGUCCACAUCCACGUCCUGGCUGUCCACCGCACGUUCCGCCAACAGGGCAAAGGGUCCAUCCUGAUGUGGCGCUACCUGCAGUACCUCCGCUGUUUGCCGUACGUCCGGCGGGCUGUGCUCAUGUGCGAGGACUUCCUGGUUCCCUUCUACCAGAAGUCCGGCUUCAAAGUGCAGGGUCCUAGUGAGAUCACAGUGGGGCCGCUCACCUUCAUUGAAAUGUUGUACCCGGUCAGGGGCCAUGCCUUCAUGCGUCGCAACAGUGGAUAUUGAAAGAGAAGGACUUGACUUGGUUUUUUCUCAGGAUGGAUGCCGGUGGCAGGCCCCUGGUUGGAAAAGGGACACUUUGAGGGGAUGUCAAGCUCAGUGUGAUUGUGAUCAUAUCUCUGAGAGCUCGGGCAAGGUGACACAUUCACUCUGCCUUUGAAGAGGAAUAAAACGUCUGCCAUUAAAGUAGUUAAAAUAAAACAAGAACAACAUUAAAAAAAAAUCAGAAAAAGAAUGCACUCGUUGGGAAAAACAUUAUUUUGUAUUUUAUAAUUUUGUCUUUUCUAUAUAUAUGUGUGUGUAUAUAUAUAUAUAUGCAGCCGCAAAUGUCGAUAAAGGUGCUGGCAAAUUAAGAUUAAAAAUGAAUAAAACUAUUUAAAGCACGUACAAAAAAAAAAACAAGUCAAUAUGAUCUGCAUCUCAAUCUAACUUCAACAUCUCUUUAUAAGCCCUUCUACCAUCUUGCCUUAUCUGUUGAAGAUUUUCAUCAUCGGUGCCUCUUGAAGUCUUGAAUCAAGACAAAUGCAUUUUCAAUACUGUUGUAAUGUUUUGUUCUUAAGAUAAUAAAGGAUAUAUUUUCAAGCUUG